UAACAAUCUUUGCUCUUUAUCUUAAGAAUUACACAUACAUGACCAUGAGUAACAGUCAUAGAGGAGGAAGAGAGGACAAGCCAAAUAUACGAUCAAUAUCAAUGGAUGAAGCGAAGACAGCAAGAUUGACAAAAUCUGCUUUAGGUUUUGGAGUAAUGUUUUCAGUGUUCACCUUCUUCUUGAUUCAGAUCACUUUGAUACAAGAUGCAACUACGUGGAAGGUGAAAUUGAGACAUGUGCUAUCAAUUUCCCAAUGGGCCCCAAAUCGAGAUACCAGUGUUGCAAUCACAUGCAACUAUUCUCAUCAGCUAUACGAUAUUUGCACAAUCAACGGUCCAACGCUCUUGGAUCAUGCUUCCUCAACUUUCUUCACUCUGGGUCCCCACACACAGGAUAAAUGCCCAAUCCCUAUGAAAAUCCGUCCUUACCCUCGCAAGGGUGACAAGACGGCAAUGUCCAAUGUUAACGAAGUCACACUCACUGCAGCUCCACCCAAACUAUCCUGCGCCGUCACACACCGUACCCCAGCCAUUGUAUUCAGUGCGGCCGGGUACACCGGAAACUUCUUUCACGAAAUAGACGAGAACUUCAUCCCACUCUUCAUCACCAUCAAUUCCUUAUUCCCUAACCAAGAUGUAACACUUGUGGUCAUGGACGGUAACAUUUGGUGGUUCCAAAAGUACGCUGAAUUGUUAUCAGCAUUCACUCCCCACCGUUUGAUCAUCGACACAAAGAAUUUAUCUACCGUCCAUUGCUUCCCAUCAGCCACUAUAGGGUUGAUAAAACAUGGACCCGUUAUCAUAGACCCAACAUUGCUACAACCACAUCCUAAAACCCUACAUGAUUUUCGUGCAUUACUAGACAAAACAUAUGCCAAAGUUGACACCACCCCAAAUCAUCAAAAUGGGAAAAAUUCAAAGCCACGUUUGACAUUGAUCGAUAGAAGAGGCAGUGUGAGCCGUGUGAUGUCCAACCAAGGAGAAGUGAUCAAGGUGGCUGAAGAAUUAGGGUUCAAUGUGCAUGUGUUGGACCCAACAAGAAACAAUUCUAUGGCCAAUGUUUAUAGGGUGGUUCAUGAUAGUCACGUGUUGUUAGGGGUGCAUGGUGCGGGUUUGACAAAUUUCUUGUUCCUCAGGCCGGGCUCAGUGUUGCUACAAGUGGUGCCCAUUGGGCUUGAGUGGUCCUCAAGAACUUACUAUGAGAACCCACCAAAAUUGUUGGGAUUGGAGUACAUAGAGUACAAGAUUGAGGCAAAUGAAAGUAGUUUGUCAGAGAGAUAUGGUGCUAAUAGCUUGGUAGUCAAGGACCCCAGUGCGUUUCAUAAACAUAUAUGGUCUAAACAACGGAUAUAUUUGAAGGAGCAAAAUGUGGGAAUUGACCUAGUUAGGUUUAGAAAGUGUUUGACAAAUGCAUAUGAGAAGGCCAAAAUAUUUAUGAGCAGAGUCAACUAGAUAGAUAGCUACAUAAAGUUCCCUAGAAGUUAAAAAAGAGAGACAACAUAUUUGUUUUUUGUUAUUUUGUUUAUGAAAAUUGCAUUUUAAUUUAUUUUAGCCUCAAU